UACGACCACUUCCGCACCGCAUCUUGUUUCGUUGAGAGCUCAGGUUUCGCCUUUAGAAGCGGAAUAUCUGUGCAAUAUGUCGUACGGUCACCGGAUGAGUCAACAGUUCCACAGCUCACAGCAGCACCACAAUAGAGGCGGUCGCAAGAAAGAAGAUGAGAACGAUGCUCUGAUGCGCCUGCCCGAUAAAGAGAUUGCAGGAUGUAUCAACGACAUCGGCAUACCCUUCACUGCCGCCGACCUGAUCAAACCAAACCCGCAACAGAUCCAGAUGGUUUUCGAGUGGUUCGCGGAACUCCUUAUGAAUAACACCCGCGAGACGGUCGAGCCGGCAAUGCGCGCGGCCGCAGAUGAUGUCUGCGGCGACUAUCCGGACAUUGUGCCCACGGAUACACGCAACUUGAUGGGUUUUUUUACCGGCUUGCGACGGCUGAUGAUGGAGUGCGGCGUCAACGAUUUCACCUUUACCGAUCUAACCAAGCCUACGCACGAUCGUCUUGUCAAGAUUUUCUCUUAUCUCAUCAACUUUGUCCGGUUCCGCGAGUCACAAACCCCUGUCAUCGACGAGCAUUUUAAUAAGGCGGAGAAGACGAAAGCGCGCAUCGACACGCUUUAUGGCGAAAAUCAGGAAAUGGAGCAACGCCUCGAGGAGAUGCGCCGGACUCUGAAAGCCAACGAAGCCCAAGUCAAGGAAAAGGUGCGGAGAAACGAUGAAUUGAAAGCACGGCUUCUCGAAUUGAGGCGAAACCAGGAACGGGUGGCGGAGACGCUGGAGCGCGUCAAGGCGGACAAGGCCAGACGACAGGCCCAGCUCGAAGAGAAAACGGAGAGAGUGGUGCGCACCCGGCAGGAGGUCGAAAAGCUACGGCCUUACGUGAUGGACAGCCCUGUCUCUCUGCAGUCAUCCCUGGCUGAGCUCUCCGAGAGCCUACACCGUGAGAAAGCUCAGAUCGAUGCUAUGGAGAAACGGGCAAGAGCUUUGCAGACUUCGUCCGAUACGUUCAGUGUCGUCAGUAAUGAUGUACAGGCAUGUGUAAAGCUUCUCGAGGAUAUCUCCGUUGAGCUUCAGAAAGAAGAGGAAGAAGAAUCCCGGGCCUCUAGAAACAGAGAAGCCAUCUCUGAAAGGGGCAACAGCGUGAGGGAAGUGGAACAGACGGAGAAAUUACUACAACGGCAAUUGACGCGGUGGAACGAACGAAUUGAGACUCUAAGGAAGAAUGCCCAAGAGAAGGCCGAGGCAGCGCAAGCCCGCAUGGAGGAGCUCCGGGAGGUCCAAAAGCAGCUUCGUGAGGAGCGAGCAGAGAAGCAGCGCGACAUGGAACGCCGAAGAAUUCGAAUCGAACAAACUGAGAAGAAGAUGGCGGAUUUGAAAGAGAACAUUGAAAGUGAAAUCCAAGGCGCGCAUGACGAGUACUUGAAGCUGGAGUCGCAUAUCAAACUCUACAUCACUGAUAUGGAAAAAUGCUUAUGAUCUUCUGAGGCAAUCUGUAAGGAGGCGAAGGUUCGGGAGUUUAUGGAUUGGUUUCUAGGAUACCCGUUGUUUGAGACAUUGCAUUGUGGGAGUCUUUCGUUACUGUUAUCAAAUAUCCUUGUCCUGUUUCUAUAUCUCUACAUCAGUUUUAACAUUAGCCCCCGCAUCACCUAUAGUGUCUGCGAUGGCAUACUCUCUCUCGAGGAACUCGAACCAACGUUCUGCGACACGUUUUACGGGUACAGUUCGUCUGAAGAGGGCUGUUUCUUCAGAAACCCGCACAGUACUAUUGAGCAAGGGUACUUGCAUAUUCCACAGUGAGGAAUCAGGAGGCGUUGAAUCCUGGCAUUCGCACAGAAUCAGGUUCAUGCCUGCUUUGAAGGAGGUCUCUGC